GCUCGAGUACGGUACUGUACCGGUACUCAUGCUUCACGAGUCCCCAAACACAGCGCGCCAAAACUUCAGGGGUCAUUCGGGCCCAAUCCUGUUCCUUUUGGUCAAUGUAUGAUAUGAUGCCGGUACGAUACUCAACUCGACGUCCGUACAUCAUACCCUACCGUGACAUCUGCUAGCCCCGCCGGGGUCAACCUUAUCCAAAUAUCCACCCGCGCCAAACCGACGUCCCCAUUCCCUGCCAGUCAGCUGCAGGUACCAUGUAUUGGCCCCUCGGCACUCCUCGAAUAUACGCGGCGAAACCUCCCCUAGAUUCUUCACCGCCCGCAUACGAUUUUGAUGACGGCUCCGGCAAGCUCAUCCAAAACAGCCCUUCGCUCUUGCUCAGGGACGGUGACGGUGGCGACGGUGAUGAAGAUGACCAUUGUGAAAGGGUGAAUAAUGAGGACGGUGAAGACGACGACGACGACGACGACGACGACGAUGAUGAGGAUGAUGAGGAUGAUGGUGAAAACUCUCAGGAAGGAAAGAAAGUCGAGGAAAAGGAGAUAAUCGAUCUAGAGCUCAGGGGAGCUCUACUACCACCAUGGCCAAAGGGUAAAGGAACCGACCUGAAAAUUCGCAACCACCAAUCUGCCCUAGGGAGGGAGGAGGAGGAGCGAAGGAAACACAUAUUGUCGUUAAAGGUGGCUAGGAGUGGAAUGUUGUUUGCAACCAUUACCGUUUCCGACCUUACAAUCUGGCAGAUGAAGGUGGGGGAGACCUCCGACUGGGUUGAAAAGUUGCGCUCUGAACGCUAAUACAGACUUAAAAUGAUCGCGGGUAGCCCACGGCCGUCGUUGCUCAUGUUCGCAGGUCUCGGAUCUCCCUCGGCUCGUACGGUCCUAAUACGGAUCUCCUCAUAAGACCGGACUCACAGAUAUUCGUGGUGCAAACUACAUUGGGAUACCUAAUCACGUACUCGCUCGCCUCGGAUCCGAAUGCUAGAGUCUACAAACCUAGCUUCGUUAAUAAUCAUCAUCAUGCGCGGCAGAACUCAAUGGCUGGUGGGCUGAAGGCAGCCGUUGGUCCAGGGGGAUUGCUUCUUGGAGCAGGCGAAGCGGGAGGCGUGAGGGAAUUCUCCGUGAGAUUCAGGAUGGUUAUUAAGGUUGAUGCGGGAAUUAGCAGGUUUGGUCAUCCCGGCAACCAUGAGAAUCGAGGCGGGGGUUAACAGGAUGCUGUGGAGAUUAGAGCUUUAGCUCUCGAUGAUGAAUUGGUGGUAGCUACUGUGAAGCCAGCUGCAGUUCAAUGUAUUCGGUGGACACCGGAUUCGACGGGGAACCAAACAACUACAGAACUGCUCAGCCGGAUGCUAUGGCUUCAAAAGAAAGGUUAGUGCAUUAACUUGGUAUGUGGUGUUUCUUGGAGGCGUUUCAUCGCACCUCCAAAGCCUCUUACUGACCCUCGAGCCCUGUUGAACAGCCGUUGUUACGGAGAUCGUUCAUGACAGACCGAUGAAUCUUUCAACAUGGGUUAUAGGUGGUGGCCAGGCGUAUGCUGUGCAAAAGGCCGUUUUCGAGGUUUGCCCGCCUAUCCUAUGAUUGAUGAGAUAUCUAACAAGUAGCUGCCGUAGGAUGGUGAUGUUUCGCGCAUGUUCAAGGGCUACUGUUUCCACAUCCCAUCCUCCUCCGUGGAGAAGGCUGUAAAAGUUGCCAUCAAUGCUCGAUUUUCGCUCAUUGCCGUGGCUUGUGCCAAGUAGGUGCUUAUCUCAUUCCCAAUUCAGGUUCAACUAACACGGGAUACUUAGCGGAUCAAUCUUUGUUUAUAACGUCCGUGACUACAAUGGGAGUAUCCCCUUGUCACAUGUGUUAUCAGCACCGGCAUCACCCACAACCUCUGGAAAACCAACAUUCAUAACCUGGUCGCCUGACGGGUAUUGCCUUUUUUCUGGCUACGAAAGGGGUUGGGCAACAUGGAGUGUCUAUGGGAAGCCUGGUGGAAAUUCGUUUUCUGCGGACACUAGACUACUAGAGCGCAGCGCGGGCGAGGGAUAUCUAGGGGGUGUGAGGGCGGGAAGCUGGACAUCAGGCGGUGGAGAGAUAAUGCUCGUGAAGGAGGGCGGAGAUGAGCGAAUUUGGGCCAUGGAAUUUGCGAGGUCAGCGGUUACUGGCUGCUUUUGCUCGGCCAACAUUGCUCGGCCAGUUUUGCAGACGAAUGAGAAGAUACUCAUAUACCGUGGGUAUGAUAAAUCCGAUAUUACAGCGAUUUCACAGGAGGCGAGUGUGCUAUGGCAUCAUGUGCAAAUGCCUUCGGUGUACUUGGUAGACAACUGGCCAAUCCGAAGUGCGGUUAUAUCGCCAGACGGAAGAUACGUCGCGAUAGCUGGUAGGAGAGGACUUGCUCAUUAUUCAGUCAAUAGCGGGCGCUGGAAAACAUUUGUCAACGAGAAUAUGGAACAGAAUUUUGUGGUGCGGGGGGGCAUGUGCUGGUAUCAACACAUCUUGAUUGCUGCAGUUGAGUGUGAUGAUUUGUAUGAGGUUUGCAAUGCCCGAAAAAUACUCUUUCCAACAUGACUUGCUAACACUCGCGGCCAUUAUAGUUGAGACUCUAUUCUCGAGAGCUGCAACUCGACAACUCAUUAUUACUGCACAUGGAGACUCUACCGUCUCCUGUCAUCUCCAUAUCCCUCGCUGGAGAUGACUCACUUCUAGUCUAUACCUAUGACAAUGCCUUGUAUCAUUUCAUUGUACAAGGAACGAAAGAUACUGUAAAGCUCGUGCAGGUCGGCCAGAUUUACUUCCAUGGCAUCGUCCGGGCGCCCGCAAGAGUAAGGGCUAUAAGCUGGAUCCUGCCAGAACAGCAGGUUCGCGAUGGCGAUCCUUCACAAGAUGUGGCUGUCGCAACAGUUAUCUUUCUUGUGGAUGGGAAGUUGGUUGUGUUGCAACCAUCAACCACAGAAGGAGGAGACGCCAAGUAUGAUAUGCGGGUUCUCCAACAAAACGUAGAAUACUAUGCAUUAAUGAGGGAUUGCCCUAUACAACGGCACCUCCAGCAGAGUUCAUCGGAAGGUGGGGGGGCGACGCCUUAUGACGGGGACCUUCCGUCAGCGGGGAGAGUAAAUGAGCUUGCUGACUCUCUGUGGAUAUUUGAUGGCAUUGAUAUGAGAGUAGGCUACCCUCCCUUAGUCGUGGUGGAGGGUUUCCUCUCUGGUUAACAAAAAUCAGGUCUGGAGCGAUGUUUCAGAGAUUCUCAAUCCCAAUCCAGGGGAGGGUAGUAGAGAAAUUCCACAUCCAGUCAAGAUCGCUGGUGAUUUCUAUCCUAUGUCUGCGAUACUGAACAAAGGCAUAAUUCUUGGGAUUGAGUCUGAGUUGGUUCAACGAAGGGAUAUCAAUUUUUCAUACUUCAAGUUUGCUACCAGAGUAAGUCCGGAUAUCUCUUGUCUACGGUCACCUAUUAAUAGACGUCUGAGCUUAGCCCCAUAUCUUCCUCAGCCAUAUAUUACGGCACCACCUUACGUGUCACAGACUAGGGGCGGCUGUAGAGUUAGCCGUCAGCUAUGAAAAGCUUCGGUACUUUGGGCAUAUUUUAGAGGUUCUAAUGCACCACGUCUUGGAUGAUGAGGCCGACCGACCCCCAGGUCCAGAAGGUAAUAUCCACUAUCCCUUCUACCUAGCUUUGUAUAACGCUCACAGUAAUAGCCGCCGUUCUUCCCGAAGUCAUUCGCUUCCUUUCCCACUUCCCCCAGUAUCUCGACGUAAUACUGGGCUGCACACGGAAAACCGAGGUAGCCUCUUGGAGUUACCUCUUCGAUGUAGUUGGCUCUCCUAAAGCCCUCUUUGAAGAAUCACUCUCUAGAGGUCUCCUCAAAACAGCCGGUGGCUACCUUCUCGUCCUCCACACCCUUGAGAAACUCUCUAGUUCCUCGAAAGACAUGGUCAGACUUCUUGAACGAGCGGUGGCGGAGGGGGAUUGGGAUUUAUGCAAGGAACUUGCUAGAUUUCUUACCGCUCUUGAUAACUCGGGUAAAACACUUAAGGAGGCGCUGGAGUUGGUCGAAUUGGGGAGCCCGGUAGAGGAGUUUGACAGAAGCUUCAUGUUCGAGAGUGCAAGGCUUAAACCCCCGCCAUCCGGGAAAAAAACCAGGCCGAUCAGCACGACGCCAGGGGAUUAUGGGUUCCCAGAGGCGAGGAAGUAG